AGCGAAGCCUGCGAGCUGUUUUUUGUCAGCUGGUGGCUGCGACUCCCAGCUACGUCAACUAUCUAGCGAGACAACAACAAGUUAACUUGGGCCAUUAAUGAGCAACAGCGAGAUUUAAAAAUGAGUGAACAGAGGGCUCGACCUCCACGGCACGAAUUAAAAGAACUUUAACUAAGAGUCAGCCUUAACCGCGUCAUCCAACGUUGGCAAGCCUCAUGAAAAAGAGAGUUGUAUUGUCCUAGCUUGCUAGCUAACGUUAGCUAUUUGUCUUGUGAGUUACCGACAUGGCUACUAGAGAGAUGGCUUUACGGCAGACAUACCGUCACCCACCGGAGAGCAUAAAGCAGGAGCAGGAUGACGACUCGGACGUGGAGGAAACUCACUUGGGGCUGAGGAGGUCAGACGGGCUGGAGUCUCAGAUCAUCCACAGCGGACACUUUAUGGUGUCCUCGCCCCAUUGCGAGCACCCUCCGAAGAAAGGCUACGACUUCGAUACUGUCAACAAGCAGACCUGUCAGACCUAUCAUUUUGGCAAGGCGAGCAUGUCGCACCUCUCCAUAGACGCUUCCUUGACCAAACUCUUUGAGUGCAUGACUCUUGCGUACAGUGGUAAGUUGGUAUCUCCCAAAUGGAAGAACUUCAAAGGUCUAAAACUGCUUUGGAGGGACAAGAUCCGCCUCAACAACGCCAUAUGGAGAGCCUGGUAUAUGCAGUAUGUGGAGAAAAGGGAAAAUCCUGUUUGUCACUUUGCAACUCCUCUCGAUGGAAAUAUGGACUUGGAUGUCCAACGUCCUGCAGAGGGCAGUACCACGGAUGGGAAAUGCUGGAAAAGAAGAAUUGAAAUCGUCAUAAGAGAAUAUCACAAGUGGAGAACAUACUUUAAAAAAAGGUUACAGAAGCACAAGGAUGACGACCUCUCGAGCUUGCUUAAGGGACCAGAGGAGCAGUUAUCGCUGUUUGGGGAAGUCUCUCCAGACAUGCUCCGUGUCUCCUUUUACCAGGAUGAAGAGGCCGCUGCACGCCGUGUGCCUCGUAGGCUUAAUGAAACACCUGCCCCUAUGGAGAUGGACCCCCUCUUUGACAUGGAUGUUCUGAUGUCUGAGUUUUCAGACACGUUGUUCUCUACGUUGGCCUCGCACCAGCACAUAGCCUGGCCUAAUCCAAGGGAGAUUGCUCAUGCAGGGAACGCAGACAUGAUCCAACCAGGACUCAUUCCUUUACAACCCAACCUAGACUUCAUGGACUCCUUUGAUCCACUGCAAGACUUAUUUCACAGCCUCCGUCCGCCCGUCUUCCACUCUGUUUUACCCACUGCAUCAUCUGUCACCCCUCUACCCAGCAGCAGCUCUCAGUCACAGGCCCAGUUAAUGUCCUCCAUGCUCACAAGCAACCACAUCUCCCCUCCUGUGCCCCUGCCCACCCCCUCUCCCAUGGCCAGUCAAACCAGCCGAACAGGUGGUGGUGGUUGUAGUGGUAGUAAUGCUGCCUAUGUACAAAACUACAUGCCUCUGUUUCCUGGGCAGGUAGCACCCAGUAAUCAAGCAGUCGUUUCCUCAGUCUCUCAGUCAUUAUCCCAUGAUCCUCUGGCACAGUGCCUUCCAGAUCGGGACAUGGCCUCAGCAGCACCCAUGGUUCCACUACCCUUGGACAACACCUCAGUGCUGGAUGAGACAGCAGCACAGUCUGUGAUUACACACACGGCCUCCUCUACUGUCACACCCAGCGAUGCAGCAACCACCUUCAGCCACACCUCAGAAUAUAGCUCCAUAUCUACACAACCUCCAGCUUCUCCUUCCCAACUCCAGCCCUUGGCUCCAUUACCUGCCACUCCUGUCCAGCACCCUCAGACUUUUGCCCUGCCUCGCCCCUUUCUGUCACCUGGUUCAAACAAAAAACGCCUCAUCCUCACAGCCCCUUUCCCAGGUCAUGCCAAUGCUGUAAUUGUUACACCAACACCUCUAAAAGCAGAUGUGGUCCAUAAUACUGGAGUGGUCAUCACUCCUUCUCAGCUUGGAGGGGCUCCUGGAUUUCAUGUUUUGUCUAAGACAAAGAAGUCUCCCCAGCCUAUUCUCCCCAAAGGAAAGUCUUAUUCUUCCAGCCGCAGGAAUCAGAAAGCCUCCUCUAGUGUCGGUCACAGUCAGCCGGGAUCAAGUCAAGGAUCACCAUGUGGGUUAGAUCAAGUUCCUAGUCCCCAGUCACUGAUCAGCAGCAGCAGUACACCUCUGGUAAAGAAUGAACAAAAUCAGAGCCGGAGGACAACACACAUAUCUGCUGAGCAAAAGAGACGAUCAAACAUAAACAUUGGCUUUAAAACACUCUGCAACUUGGUUCCUACUCUAAAGUCACAAAUAAAUAUCAGUAAUGCAGUCACAUUGCAGAAGACAGUGGAUCACAUUGGGAAGCUCCAACAGGAGAGACAGCAGAUGCAGGAAGAGGCCAAGAGACUACGUGAGGAGAUAGAAGAGCUCAACACCUCCAUUAACUCGUGUCAGGAACAGCUUCCUGCGACAGGGGUACCCAUCAGGCGGCAUCGGGUCAACCACAUGCAAGAGAAGUUCAAUGAAUAUGUAAAGGACCGCACUCUUCAGAACUGGAAGUUCUGGAUUUUCAGCAUCAUUAUCAAGCCUCUCUUUGAGUCAUUCAAUGGGAUGGUGUCAACUACAAGCAGGGCAGAGCUGUGUCAGACCACCCUGCAAUGGCUCGAGCGUCACUGCUCCCUUCCAGUCCUCAGACCCAUGGUGCUGAGUACCCUUCGCCAGCUGAGCACAACCACGUCCAUACUUAGUGAUCCAUCCCUGCUGCCUGAAGAAGCCCUCCAGGCCGUCACAACCACAGACACACAGCCUUGCUCUCAGAGGAGGUGAGGUGACCCAAGAGCCACAUGAACCUUUUAACAGCAAUCAUUAAAAUGACAUAUCACAAGAUUACCUUAUAGCCAUUCAGCAAGGUCACCACGUCUUCCACAGAGUUCCCUGAAAAAUAAAUGACACAAUAUUUGCAAGUUAGGUCUGGCUUACUUUUACUCUGUAUGUACAAUGGUCAUACAUUUGUUCUGUUGUACAUUGAUUCUUGGGAAUGAUUCACACAGAGAGCGCCAUCUUUGAAAUUACAUUUAUAUAGCAAAAAUGUCUUUCAUAUUAUAUUUGAAUGACAGCAACUGCUACAACCUUCUCCUGCUUUAGGUGAAGAUCUUCUGAAUACUUUAUUGAAGGGUGGUACUGGUUGUUUGCUUUUUGAACAACAAUAUAUAUUUAAAUUACUUUCAUAAUGUAAAAACACAACAUUGUGUUAAAAAAGGGAAAUAUUGAGUGAUCGUUCAUUUUGUGUUCUCUCUCAGGUGUAAAAAAUAUGUGGAUAGGAUGGGGUUUUUUUACAAGGAGAUGAGAUGAAUGUGGGAUUUUGUAUUAAGACUAGUUGGCAGUGUAGUUUGUGCUUUUUGGUUUCACAGCAGAAUGUAAAGGAUUGCCUGAAACAUGGUGAAGUUGAUCACCAGUGGGCUGGUCUGUGCUAAAUAAUUAUAAGAAAGCUGAGAGCGCCAUUGUCUUUUCCAUCCCUCAUUUACUCAGGUGUAUGUUAUUUUGCCUUUCAACAAUAGUGGUUUCUUUGUGGUUUUCAAUCCAUGCUGACCAUCUUCCUUCAUACUUUGCUUGCUCUGCCCAUUUCCAGUGAGUUCAACUGCAAAAUGUACAAGAAAGCCUUCAUCUUAAAAACAGUAUGUUACAUACAUGGGUUUCUACUGGGCAGGUCACAGCAUAAUGGAGAGAUAUUAUUUACAGCCCUCAUAGGGAGCAUGACUGAAAUAGCAGUGCAGAUUUUAUAUAUAAAUGCUAUAAACAUACACAACACGUACAGUGUUACAAGAUCUAAGCAAAAUGCACAGUAAUGUUGUCAGGGUCUUUUUUGGUUCUUUGUUGGUCACUCAGGGCUGCGCUGGUCAGCGUAAUCAUUUUCUAUUCAGCUAUGAACAAAUCAAGUCAGGGUCCUUCUGAGCAGGAAAACACGUCUGUAUAAGGGUACAGGUUUCAUCACAUGGUAUGAUUUACCAAUGUUGUUUUCUGCUCAUAUAGUUACACUAAUUGUUAAUGACAGACACAGGAGAAAUCAGUCUGCUGUGUGAAAAGACACAGCACACAGAAACCAAAUAC